UGAUAAGAAUACACUUGCUGUACGUGGUCGGCCAGAAUUGGAAAGAGUUGGACAUGAGGUACAUGCCGGCUGUACCUGCCGUUUUGGGUGAAUCAGCGUCAUUGCCGCCCGCGGACACCGCUGGUCCAUCGUGGUCCAUCGUAGGUACUGCCUCCCUGAACAUUGUAUAUGAGGUGUUGUAGCUCAACUUCUCUUCUCGAGGCCAAAAAGGAAAGACACCGAAUAUGCUCAACAAUCUAGCAUUGACCGUUUGUGCAGCGACUAUCGCAAAUGCACGCGAAAUCAGCUUCCCGCCCCUCUCUGGAUUCACAUCGGAUCAAGCGGUGAUGGGCAUCAUCAGUCCAGACAUUACUCAAGCGAAGUUCGGGGGCUUGACGACAUAUGCGAAUUUACCAUAUGUGCAUUGUUUGGCACCGGAGGGUGAAGUCGUCGAAAAGUUCGACAUUGCAAUUUUGGGUGCUCCUUUUGAUACGGGAGUGACAGCGCGACCCGGUGCACGUUUUGGGCCGAACGGUAUUCGGCGUGGUUCACAACGGAUCGGAGCGAGUAUGGGCUGGAGCAUCUACACAGGUCAGAACGCACUCGCCGAUUGGGCGAAGAUUGUAGACUGUGGAAAUGCUCCACUAACCUUCCUUGACAAUACUGUCGCCUUGCAUCAGCUCGACGAAGCGCACAAGGUGACUUCGGCAAGAAAUACCAAUUCGAGUGACUUUACUGUUCCACGCAUCGUCACACUUGGAGGUGACCACACCACUACACUUUCAGCAUUACGAUCAACCAAUGAUCACUGGGGUCCCGUUAGUGUAAUCCACUUCGAUUCCCACAUAGAUACAUGGGACCCCGAAGUGUUAGGAGGAGGCAUCUCGCAUUACGCUGGUGUAAAUCACGGAACCUUCUUGCACAUCGCUCAUGAGGAAGGAUUGAUUCGAAACACAUCUAUCCACGCUGGAAUUCGAGCUCCAGUCGUUCGUCCAAAAGGAGACUUACGCAACGAUGUCAGAUGUGGCUUCGAGAUGGUGCGGGCGCGCGACAUUGAUCGAUUGGGUGUUUCAGGCGUCAUCGAGACUUUAAAGAAGCGAGUCGUUGGAACGAAAGUCUACAUCAGCGUGGAUAUAGAUGUGUUGGAUCCGGCUUUUGCACCUGCCACUGGUACCGCUGAGGUAGGCGGCUGGACUACCCGCGAGCUGCUGUCGAUUCUCGAUGGCCUAGAGGGUCUGGAGGUUGUAGGGGCUGAUGUUGUCGAGGUUGCGCCAAUAUACGAUAAUCCAGGAGAAACAACGGUACUGGCAGCAGCAGAAGUUGUUCUCUCGCUGCUCACCUUGAUGGUGAACAAGCCUGUGCAGGCUAUCGUCUAGCUGCUGUAAUGCAGGCGUUUGCGCCCUAGUUGAUAUUGUAAAGAUAAAUCCAGUCGUAGCCGAAUGUUGAUGUGGUCGUUUAACGAAACGACACAACGAGUGUAUGUCGAUAACGUGUGCUCGAUGGUGCAAUCUGGACC